UGGACCUUAGAGAUCUUGGUGGACCCCCUACCUUCCACCUUCCCAGGAAUAUAAGAUCUUCUCCGUUACUGGCCUGGAUCGAUCAACUUUUGGAGUCUCUUUUCUAAGUUUGCAUUCGUGGGGAGUAAAAGGAAAAAGCGGGGAGCUAAGCACAGCCCCAGUGACUCGAUCAAGGCCUGGCCGUGGCCUGCCCUACACCGGACCUCUCGCAUGUUGGACGGAGGAAAAGUGAGCGAAAAGUCCCGGAGGAGAAGGGGAAGCCGAUCGAACAAGUCCUGUGUGCAGCACAUGAAAAUGUUGGAAAUCUGCUUGAAGUUAGUGGGUUGCAAAUCCAAAAAAGGUCUCUCCUCAUCUUCCAGCUGCUAUCUCGAAGAAGCCUUGCAAAGACCAGUAGUGACCGAUUUCGAACCCCAAGGUUUAAGCGAAGCUGCCCGUUGGAAUUCCAAGGAAAACCUUCUCUCCGGCCCCGGUGAAAAUGACCCGAACCUCUUCGUUGCACUGUAUGAUUUCGUGGCCAGCGGGGACAACACACUUAGCAUUACUAAAGGUGAGAAACUCCGUGUUUUGGGAUACAACCAUAAUGGAGAGUGGUGUGAGGCUCAGACCAAGAACGGUCAAGGCUGGGUGCCCAGUAACUACAUCACGCCAGUCAACAGCCCCGAAAAGCAUUCCUGGUAUCACGGACCCGUAUCUCGGAACGCCGCCGAGUACCUGCUGAGCAGCGGAAUCAACGGCAGCUUCUUGGUGCGGGAGAGCGAGAGCAGCCCCGGGCAGAGAUCCAUAUCCCUGAGAUACGAAGGCAGGGUCUACCACUACCGGAUCAAUACCGCCUCCGACGGGAAGCUUUACGUGUCCUCGGACAGCCGAUUUAACACGCUGGCGGAACUGGUUCACCACCACUCCACGGUGUCCGAUGGACUGAUCACCACCCUCCACUACCCAGCGCCGAAGAGGAACAAGCCCACCAUCUACGGGGUGUCUCCCAACUACGACAAGUGGGAGAUCGAGAGGACGGACAUCACCAUGAAGCACAAGCUGGGGGGCGGCCAGUACGGAGAGGUUUACGAGGGAGUGUGGAAAAAGUACAACCUGACCGUGGCCGUGAAGACUCUGAAGGAGGACACCAUGGAGGUAGAAGAAUUUUUGAAAGAGGCGGCCGUAAUGAAAGAGGUGAAACAUCCCAACCUGGUGCAGUUACUGGGCGUUUGCACCCGGGAGCCACCGUUCUACAUCAUUACUGAGUUCAUGUCGUGCGGAAACCUGUUGGACUACCUGAGGGACUGCAACAGACAGGAGGUCACAGCUGUGGUGCUUCUUCACAUGGCAACUCAGAUCUCAUCCGCCAUGGAAUACCUGGAGAAGAAAAACUUCAUCCACAGGGAUCUUGCAGCCAGAAACUGCCUCGUAGGGGAAAACCACUUGGUGAAAGUUGCCGAUUUUGGCCUAAGCCGCUUAAUGACGGGCGACACGUACACUGCCCACGCCGGAGCCAAAUUCCCCAUCAAGUGGACCGCUCCGGAAAGCCUGGCCUACAACAAGUUCUCCAUCAAGUCCGACGUCUGGGCUUUCGGUGUCCUGCUCUGGGAAAUCGCAACCUAUGGGAUGUCCCCGUACCCCGGGAUCGACCUGUCUCAGGUGUACGAGCUGCUGGAGAAGGAUUAUCGGAUGGAGCGUCCGGAAGGGUGUCCGGAGAAGGUCUACGAACUCAUGAGAGAAUGCUGGCAGUGGAACCCUGUGGACCGACCGUCCUUUGCAGAAAUCCAUCAAGCCUUUGAGACCAUGUUCCAGGAGUCAAGUAUAUCUGAUGAGGUAGAAAAAGAGCUUGGAAAGAGAGGUCUCCCAGUGAUUGUGAGCAGCCCGCUUCAAGCCCCGGAACUGCCAACAAAGACAAGGGCGUCGAGGAGAGCGACGGAGAGCAAGGAAGAAAACGCUGAUGCAACGCACUGCAGAGGGGCCGCGGAGUCUGAAAUCCUGGAACCCGAGCCAGCCGUGUCCCCGCUGAUAGCCCGCAAGGAGAGGGUCACAGGCGAGAGCGUCCUUCCAGAGGAGGAGCGCCUGCUGCCCAACCACAAGAAGGCCAACCUUUUCAGCACACUGAUCAAGAGGAAGAAGAAGACGGCUCCCACCCCACCCAAACGCAGCAGCUCCUUCCGUGAAAUUGAAAGAAGGGGCAUGGAUGGUGAGGGUCGAGAAGCCAGCAACGGAGGAGAUAUACUUGAAUCGUUUAAAUUCCCAAGCAACGGAGCGGCGAUCACCAACGGAUCGAUGCAAGGAAGUGCUGGUUUCUUGUCUCCUCACUGGAAGAAAUCUAGCACGGUGGCAGGGAAGCAGGCACCACCCGGCGAAGAGGAAGGAACAAGCAACACAAGCAAACGUUUUCUGAGGUCCUGUUCUGCUUCGUGCAUGCCUCAUGGGUCGAAGGACACGGAGUGGAGAUCUGUAACGCUACCCAGGGAAAUGCCGUCUUCACGGUGUACUCUGGACACGUCUAAGGCAGAAAAGCCAGCGCUGCCUCGGAAACGAUGCAACGAAAGCAAAACAGACUUUACCUCUUUGUCUUCCCGGGGGGCUGUCACACCUCCACCUCGCCUACCCAAAAAGAACGAGGAGUCAACUGACGAUGUGUUUAAGGAGACAGAUCCCAGCCCUGGGUCCAGUCCACCCAGCGUAACACCCAAACUUCCACGUAGAAAACCAGCUGGCCCUGCCUCUGCGCCUGCUCUGCAAAAGGAGGACACGGCGACUGUAAAACUGGGGUCUGUUACAUCAGACCCCGGACUUUCUACCAAGCAGACCUCAUGUGCCGGUAAGGCAGAAGCAGACCUUCGUCUCAGGAGACUCAAACCGUCAUCGGAAACGACCACAAAAGACAAAAUGAAAAUACUGAAGGUCAAACCAACUCCACCUCUACCGCUUACCUCUAGCGGCUCAACGGCAUCUACCACCACGUUGACUGCGGGAAAAUCAAAGCUGCCCACCCAAAGCCAUAACCAUGACACCAGCCCGAGUGAGCCGAAGCCCAAAACAUCAAGUCAGGGCGAUGAUCAACUGCGAACAAGCCCGACUGCGGGAGACAGCGCGAAGAAGACCAUCCUUCUAUCCAGCGCCAAGCCCCAGCCGAUAGGGAAGACGUCUGGAGUGCUGUCAUCCGUCGGAGGGGGUGGAGAUCAGCCGCAACAAACGACUUCAUCUUCCAGUACGGCCUUCGUUCCUCUUAUCUCCACAAGGGUUUCUUUACGCAAGACUCGCCAGCCGCCCGAGAAGCUGCUCAGCGGUACAGUCACAAAAGAGACUGUACUAGACAGUACAGAAUGCCUCCGGGCGGCCAUCAGCCGCAACUCCGAGCAGAUGGCCAGCCACAGUACUGUGCUGGAGGCGGCAAAGAAUCUCCAUGCUUUCUGCACCAGCUACGUAGACUCCAUUCAACAAAUGAGGAACAAAUUUGCUUUCCGAGAGGCUAUCAGCAAGCUAGAGAAUAGUCUGAGGGACCUACAAAUCUGCCCCACGGCCGCCUCCACAGUUGGAGGGCCGGCCACUGCUCAGGACUUUAGCAAGCUUCUGUCCUCGGUCAAGGAGAUCAGUGACGUGGUCCAGAGGUAGCAUCUAACGUCCAAGGUUUUGAAUUCAUGUAUGGGGCUCAGAAUGGAGGACAGAGGGGCGUAAGUCGGAAAUAGGGGUGUCCACACUUCCCGACUCCUUGAGACAGGGGUAGACAAAGCCAUUGUGGGUGCUUUUUAAAGCUGUUUAAUGCUCAACGUAGUUAUUAAGCAUCCCGAGCUUGGAUCGGUGGGGCCUGAGCACAUCUAGUGCCGAGAUACAAGGAAUCUAAGCCACUAGGUAACGUAACGGCCAAACACGCACAUCUCUAUUUAAGAUCACUCUUCCCUUUAUACAUUUUCAUAGAGACUGCAGUUCUUCUCUCCGACACAGACUUUAACGGUCUACAGGUCUUCAAACCAUUCAUUGUAGAGUGCUGUAUAAUUCCGUGUGUUCACGGCGUCUUCUGAGGAUGCUGAACCCGCGCAGACGGUUCCGCAUCUAAACAGUAUUAUAAGUGCAGCCUAAUGCCUUUAAAACAACACCGCUUCUAUGCCAGUGGCCACCUUCCCAGUAGCCUUAGAUUGAGUCUUGAAGACACCUGGCCAGGAGGAAAGGUGUUCGGCCCUCAUGCAGGAAUCUGCCUCUCUUGUGCACAUCUAUAUAUAUAUUUUAAUUAAAAAAAAUGACUUCUCACCCCCCCACA